CCUUCACAGGUAAUUGAGCCUCCGUUGCAAGGGUCCUCACUGACUAUCCACCGGGAUGAGUACUGCUGUGUCGUGACCCCAGGGGCCCUGUGUGCCCUGGCGAUGCACAGCGUUCCCUCUACUGCGAGUGCCACAUGUCCGAAGAAUGCUGGAACUGCAGGAGGGGAGAGCCCACUUCAACAAGAGAGAGAGAAACAAAAAGGAGAAGGACGAGCAAAAGGACAACACUGACAAAAGCACUUCACAGAAAACUAUACGGAGCCAUCUAAAAAACCCCAGCCCUCCUAAGAACCUGGCGAGCCCCACUGCGUCUGUGACUGUGAGCUCCGGAUCUCUGUCAAUGCAUUCCAGUAACCCCAAAGUGCGAAACUCCCCAUCAGGAAACACACAGAGCAGCCCAAAAUCCAAGCCAGAGGUUAUGGUCCACCCUCCUACCGUGAUGUCUCCAUCUGGCAACCCCCAGCUGGACCCGAAAUUCUCCAGCCAGGGCAAACAGGCGAGUUCCACCAGCCAGUCGCAAGCGUCUCCCUGUGACCCAAAGAGUGGCAACCACACCCCUAAACCGCUGCAAGGUCCCGGGGGCAGCAUGGGACUUAAGAAUGGGUCCGGGAAUGGAGCCAAAGGGAAAGGCAAAAGGGAAAGAAGCAUCUCUGCGGAAUCGUUUGACCAGAGAGACCCAGGAACUCCCACUACAGACUCCGAAAUUAAAGACUGCAACACUACAGAUCCAGUGAUGCCCUUGGAAUCCCACGCUCCUCACAACAUGACCCCUUCCAAUACCUCCGUCCCCAGGUCUUCCACUCCUUCACAUGGGUCAACAAUGCUGGACGCCGCACCUGGAAGGAAAACGCCGUCAAAAGUGGUCUACGUCUUUUCUACUGAAAUGGCCAAUAAAGCUGCAGAAGCGGUUAUGAAGGGACAGGCAGAAUCGAUUGUCCUCUUCCACAUACAGAGCACCUCAAACAGCAAAGCUGAGCGCACUUCAACUCCUACGAAUACUCCAAUCUCUACCAAUGUUCGGAACGAACCGAAAGCAAACCCACGGGCACCUACACCGCAGGAGCAGAACCAUUCACAGCCGGCCAAAGUGCAAUCCAACCCGCCUGGCCCAGCACUGCCUUCCAAGCCUGCAGCUCCUCACUGUUCUAUUGGACAAGAUGGAGCAGUGGCGGAGAGCAAAAUUGCAGCCAGCAGCCCUGCCAACUCUAAUGUAUUACAGACUGAAGGAUGUGGGCAAAGCUCAACCCCCAACAACCAAGCUGCCAGCCCAGUGUCUCAAGGGAACGUUGCUCCUCCAGUAGAGACUAAACCUGAGACAAAAAGUUCCUCGCAGCAGGUGCCUAGUGGGGAACCACCACCUAUGGGCGAAAAUCCCGACGGACUUUCACAAGAGCAGUUGGAGCAUCGAGAGAGGUCUUUACAAACCCUUCGAGACAUCCAAAGGAUGCUUUUCCCCGACGAGAAAGAGUUUGCAUUAAAAGAGCUUGCAGGCCAAAAUCUUGGGCCUCAACCAAACUCUGGAAUGCUGGACAAUCCUCAGAAAAAACUUGAAGGGCCAAUACAGGCAAUGAUGGCUCAAUCACAAAAUUUAGGCAAAGGCCCAGGGCCCCAUCCUGAUGGUGGAAUGCCAUUUGGCCCCCAAGGACAUAGGGACAUGCCUUUUUCACCAGAGGAUAUGGUACCUCCACCAAUGAAUCCUCAGCCUGGCCAAGAUCACCUUGAUCACAUGACCCCGGAGCAGGUGGCUUGGCUAAAACUGCAGCAGGAGUUUUAUGAGGAAAAGCGUCGUAAACAGGAGCAGGCAGUGGUGCAACAGAGGUCUUUGCAGGACAUGAUGGUACACCAGCAUGGACCCAGAGGAAUGGUCAGGGGUCCUCCACCUCCUUACCAGAUGAACCCUGGGGAAGGCUGGGUUCCUGGCGGUCCAGAGCCUUACCCGGAUGGUAUGGGCAUGCCACAUCCAAUGCCCCCGAAAGGCAUGCCCCCUCAUCCAAAUGUGCCUGGAAGCCAAAUGCAGCGGUUACCUGGUUUUGUCGGAAUAAUGAACCCUGAUAUGGACGGACCUAAUGUUCCAAAUCCUGGAUCCAGACCUGGACUCCCCGGUGUUAAUUGGCCAGACGAGGUGCCAAAAAUUCCUGACGGACGUGGCUUUCCCCCUGGACAGAGCAUAUUUAGCGGCCCAGGGCGAGGGGAACGCUUCCCCAACCCACAGGGUUUGCAAGAUGAGAUUUUUCAUCAGCAUGUUUCGGAGAAGCAGCUCGGCAUGCCCCCUGGCAUUGCUAUGGAGGGCAUCAGACCUGGCAUGGAAAUGAACAGAGGUAUGCCACCUCAAAGGAGUAUGGAGCCUGGGAGUGGUAUGUUUCCUCGUAUGCCUGGCGAUGCAGCACUGAGCCCAUCAAGGAUUGAAUUCCAUAAAGGGAUGCCUCCUAACAUGGGCCCAAACCGAGAGGUAGAGUUUGGCAUGGGUCCGGGCAAUAUGAACAUGAAAGUUGAUAUGAACCUUAAUGUCAACAUGAACUCUAACCAGCAGUUAAUCUCUCAAAAAAUGAGAGAUGUGAUGGCCGCCGAAGAAAUGAUUAAGAUGAGGCCUGGGAGCAACGAGAUGCUUCCUAACCAGCAAAAAAUGCAUUCUGCACCCUUUGAACACUCCCAACAGGAGUAUAUUAUGAGCUCCAGGCCUUAUCUCAAUAUGUCCCAGGUUCCCGGAGGAGUACUGAGGAACCCCAGAGAACAGAUGGGGCCUGAUCAAAGGACUAACAGCCGACUCAGCCACAUGCCACCUCUACCUCUCAACCCAAACAAUAACCCGGGCAACCUCAACGUUGCGCCGCCCGGUCAGCGCAGCCUGGGCCGUAAGCCUUUGGAUAAUGUUUCCGUUUCUGGCAGUCAAGUGAACUCUCCUGGUGUGAAUCCUUUGAAAUCCCCAACCAUGCGCCAGGUCCAGUCUCCGAUGUUAGGCUCCCCUUCCGGUAACCUUAAAUCCCCUCAAACACCUUCUCAGUUAGCCGGGAUGUUGACAGGACCAACGGCAGCAGCUGCUGCUUCCAUUAAGUCCCCGCCCGUCAUGGGGUCUGCUGCUGCUUCCCCUGUCCACCUGAAGUCUCCGUCCUUACCUGUACCUUCCCCAGGUUGGACGUCUUCUCCUAAGCCUCCAAUGCAAAGUCCAGGAAUACCCCCAAACCAGCACAAACCGCCGCUUGGCAUCACAUCACCAGCGAUGAUGGGGAAUAUGGAAAGUGGAGGCCCCCCUCCACCUGUCAGCCAAUCAGCGCCAAUAAAUCACCCCGGAAGUCUUCCCUCCAGCACUAGCUACUCCAUGGCAUCUGAGCCCACCCUCUCCCAGAAUCCUCUUUCCAUUAUGAUGUCUAGGAUGUCAAAGUUUGCUAUGCCCAGCUCCACGCCUCUCUACCACGAUGCCAUCAAGACGGUGGCGAGUUCGGACGACGAUUCCCCUCCUGCCCGCUCACCCAACCUACCGUCUAUGAAUAACAUGCCAGGGAUGGUCAUGAAUUCCCAGAACCCUUCAAAGAUGCCGGGGCCUCACAGCGGUGUUUCGAUGCCAACACUAAGUCCCAUGGGCAUGACGCAGCCUCUCUCGCACGGUGGCCAGAUGCCCUCUCCGAACGCCAUGCCACCCAACUUACCCCACGGAGGUCAUAUGGGCGGGGGGAUGAUUCCACACAACGCUAUGAUGGGUCACGGCCACCAAGAUUCUCCCAUGGUGCCUCAGGGACGCAUGGCUUUUGCCCAAGGCUUUCCUCCAGUCCAGUCGCCUCCACAAGUUCCUUUUCCACAUAACGGCCCCAACGGGGGCCACGGGAACUUUCCACCUGGGAUGGGCUUUCCAGGAGAGGGACCUUUAAGUCGUCCCGGCAACCUUCCGCCAAAUGCAGACCCAGCACAUUGUAAGUCAGGUUGCCCCGGAGGACCAGAUUCCUUUGGCGUUAUGGGAAAUAAUAUGUCUUCGGUUUUCACAGACCCAGACCUACAGGAAGUCAUCAGACCAGGGGCCUCUGGAAUUCCAGAGUUUGACCUAUCAAGGAUUAUUCCCUCCGAGAAACCCAGUCAAACACUGCAGUAUUUCCCUCGUGGGGAAGUCCCUGGCAGGAAGCCGCAACAAGGACCUGGUUUUUCACACUUGCCUGGCAUGAUGGGAGAGCCGAACCCAAGGAUGGGUCUUCCAAUGGGUGGCAUGGGGGGUCACGGCCCAGUGGACAUGCCCGGCCACAAUUCUAUGAGGCCUCCAGGUUUUAUGCAGCAAACCUUAAUUGGACCUCACCAUCGCAUGAUGUCACCAGCACAAUCAGGAAUGCCUGGCCAACUAACUAUGAUGGGGAAUCCGGGAGGGGUGGGCAUGAUGUCGGGGAAGGAGAGGAUGCCCGGAGUACUAUAUAGUCACCCAGGUCCUGUGGGAUCUCCGAACAUGUUGAUGUCAAUGCAGGGGAUGAUGGGACCUCAACAAAACCUCAUGAUUCCCCCUCAGAUGCGCCCCCGAGGAAUGCCUACUGAUGUGGGGAUGGGUGGUUUCAGCCAAGGACCUGGGAAUCCGGGGAAUAUGAUGUUUUAAGCUGCUACAAAA